UAGUUUUAGUUUGAGGGUUAGUUUCCUGUGGUGAGAUUUUAAGCAGGAAAGGACCUUUGUUCUGUGGUUUGAGUCAGAUUUUCUAGCAGGAAAAAGCCUUUGUUAUGAAGGUUCUGUCAUAUACAAUUCAGAAGAGAUAAAUAUGAUCUGAUAGUGUAAACUACGGGAACAAAAUGACAAUGAUUUGGAAUAUAAGAAGAGGUCUGAUUUUCCGUGUAACUGUUUUUAGCUUCUUGUGCUGGUGUGGAGCUGCGCAAAGAAGAGCACGUUUCUGUGAGUCUUUAUUGAAUUGUUUCGACUCUUCUCUUCUCUGCCCGGUGCUGUUUGGAUACUACAACUGUACUGAUUUUAACAUUGCGCGAAAUACAGAGCCGGCGUGUGGGGAGAGCCGCGUGACGGGAAGGGCGUCUCUGUACGCUAUGCCGCGCGUCGUCAACGGUGUAGACGCGGAGGAGAGAGAGUUCCCAUGGACUGUUAACGUGGAAGAUGAGGAAUCUUUGAUCGGCAUGUGUGGUGGCUCCAUCAUCAGAAAAGAUGUCAUCCUCACGGCUGCCCAUUGUGUCAGAUCCCUUGUGAGACGCCCCAAAUCCUUGAGAAUUGGAUAUGGAUCUACAAGACUAUCCCGACUCGUCUAUGUUCGUGCGAGUCGGAUCAGCGUCCAUCCUGAUUAUAAUCAGACAAACGGUGACAAUGACAUUGCUGUUGUGGUUCUUAAUGAAGCCCUGCCGCUGAAUACCAAUCUCAGAAGUAUAUGUCUACCUGAAGCCGGCGCAUCCUAUGAUAGCAACAGCAGAUGUAUUAUCGCUGGAUGGGGAAUUCUAAAUGAAAACGGUAAUAGGUUCCCGGGUAGUCUUCAAAAGGCAGCUGUACCCUUGGUGCCCCGCAACUCAUGUCAACGAGCCUACUCCAACAACCCCUACAUCCUUGUCUCGGAGAGACAGGUGUGUGCCGGAUAUUAUGGCACUGGGGGAGUUGAUGCCUGCACGGGAGAUUCCGGAGGCCCUCUGAUAUGUCCUGAUGGUGACAAGUGGGUUGUAUAUGGUGUAGUAUCCAGAGGAUAUGGCUGUGGUCGAGCUCUGUAUCCAGGAGUGUAUGCCUACGUGCCACAGUAUAUUGACUGGAUAACGUCCCAGAUGAACUGACUACUUCUCUGGGAGGGACACUUGCUUGCCCGAUGUCAUGAUGUGUUAAUUUAUGCGAUAGAUGCAUACUGAAUACAUUUGAAUAUUCACAUCAAUAUUACUGCUAUAAGAGACGUACAUAUUUAGAUAUAAUCGUUUUGA